AUUAUGUAAUUCUACUAGAGUGGUUCAACAUAUCCAUAAUUGUGGUGAGUGGUAAACAGAAGAAAAUGGUAACAAUAUCCAGAUGACUAUCUAACAGGCAGUGAAGUAACAAUUCUUUUUUUUUGAUAUGAAGCGAAAUUAAAUGUUAAGUACCUAAAAUAAAUAUGAAACAAAUAAGUUUUUCAAUGAUUCUGAGCAGCUUUGACUGACUUUUAUAUAUGUCUAUACUUUGGUAUUAUUAUAAAAUAUUUAUCUAAAUUUUACUUGAAUAUGUAAUUUGAUAAUUCCUACUUAUAUAAGUAAAUAUGUUACAUCAAAAGUCACUCUGAAAACUUAGUUUUAAAGUUAAAUUAAAAUUCAGUAGCUUUCAGAUUUAAGUUAUAGCUGAAAUUUAACUCUGCACUGAAUUUAAAGAGUAAGAUUUGCACUUUCUUUUUCUAUCUACAGAGUAGAGAUAUCCAUAAGUUACAUAAAUACAUACACAAUAUAUCAGUGUUAUCAAAUUUUCAUGGGGUGGGGAGGAAUUAGGAAAAAAAAAAUCUAAAAAGGCCCUGUGGGCAGAAGAAAUAAGGGUAACAUGAAAAAAAAAAAAAAAAAAAAAAGGUUGAAAAAUUCUGCCCUAACCCAUUUGGAGAGUACAAAAUGAAAAGCAAAGAGAGAAAUGGGAAGUAAGAGGGAACUUUCAUAAUAUGGAACCCAUGGGCUCCUAUUUAAGACACAGGCCUGAAGGAAGGUCUUCAGAGAACCUAGAGAGCAGGUUCACUGAGUCACCCACCUCCUCAGGCCAGAAGCAUCUGCAAGGUCCCCGAUGGCCCCAGCCUGGUCCUUCCUCCUGGCCCUGCUGCUGCUCAGCUGCAACGCCAUCUACUCUCUGGGCUGCCACCUGCCUCACACCCACAGCCUGGCCAACAGGAGGGUCCUGAUGCUCCUGCAACACCUGAAGAGGGUCUCCCCUUCCUUCUGCCUGCAGGACAGAAAUGACUUCGCAUUCCCCCAGGAGGCGCUGGGUGGCAGCCAGUUGCAGAAGGCUCAGGCCAUCUCUGUGCUCCACGAGGUGACCCAGCACACCUUCCAGCUUUUCAGCACAGAGGGCUCGGCCGCCGUGUGGGAAGAGAGCCUCCUGGACAAGCUCCGCGCUGCACUGGAUCAGCAGCUCACUGACCUGCAAGCCUGUCUGAGGCAGGAGGAGGGGCUGCGAGGGGCUCCCCUGCUCAAGGAGGACUCCAGCCUGGCUGUGAGGAAAUACUUCCACAGACUCACUCUCUAUCUGCGAGAGAAGAGACACAGCCCUUGUGCCUGGGAGGUUGUCAGAGCACAAGUCAUGAGAGCCUUCUCUUCCUCAACAAACUUGGAGGAGAGAUUCAGGAGAAAGGACUGACACACACCUGGAUCAACACGGAAAUGAUUCUCAUAGACCAACAGACCACACUUCCUCCUGCGCUGCCAUGUCAAGGACUCUCAUUUCCGCUGUCAUUGCGCCCUGAAUUGAAUCAGGUUGUCAAAUGUUUUCAAGAAUUUUAAGCUACAUCAUGUUCUAUUCUACAGGCACUAGGCUCUCACAGAUGCCCAAGCUGAUCUAUUUAUCUAUUUAUUUACCUAUUUAUAAAGAUUUAAAUAACUUUUGUUCAUAUAAUAAUAUGUGAAUCUUUACACAGUGGUUUCAGAGGAAAAAAAUACAUACUUUGUAUUUAGUCAAUUUAUUAUUUUCUUUGUUCAUUAAAU